AUGGUGGAUAAGUGGCUGGAUAAAGUUGACCGUUUGGCAGAGCGCUAUCACUGGGAUGACGAUGCCAUUCUACGACUGAUUUCUGGAAGACUGCGAGGCAAUGCCCGUCAGUGGUACGAAGAAAAUGUGGACUACGACUCCAGUUGGGAUGAAAUUAAAAGAUCAAUGAGCCAGCACUUUCGUAAGUCCGUCCCAUUUUCUAAAUUAUUCAAAGAUGCCGCUAACUACGACGCAGCACCAGGGCAAAAUUUAGGCGAUUAUUGUUUCAAAAAACUGUCCAAAUUGAGAGCACUCAAUAUACAAAUACCUGAUCCAUAUUUGAUUGAUGCAGUGAUUGGUGGUAUCAGGGAUGAAAACAUAGCAAGAACGGUCAGGGCUGCACAACAUACGGACGCAAACGCUCUAUAUGCUUACUUAAACACUGUAGGCGAAAUGCCUCAAGAAAAAAAAAAGUCCUCAUCUUAA